UCGCACGAUUGGUCGGCGCCGCUGUCGUUUAGCUCUCCGAGGGAAAGGGGCUGGGUGCAGCUUGCCCAAGGGUCUGUGGAGACCCGAGGUGGGUGAGAGUGGGGCAAGCGAAAGUUGCGAUCUGUACUUGCCAUGGAGCCAGGCCCUGCGGUGUCCCCCGGACCUUUCCGCUCCUUCAAGGAGGAACUGCUUUGCGCGGUCUGCUACGACCCCUUCCGCGAUGCCGUGACUCUGCGCUGCGGCCACAACUUCUGCCGCGAGUGCGUGACCAGCUGCUGGGAGGCGCAGGUGUCGCCCUCAUGCCCAGUGUGCAAGGACCGCGCGGCCUCCGCCGACCUGCGCACCAACCACACCCUCAACAACCUGGUGGAAAAGCUACUGCGCGAGGAGGCCGAAGGCCCACGCUGGAAGGGCCACCGCUUCCCGCGCCUCUGCCGCUUGCACCGCGGCCAGUUCAACCUAUUUUGCAUCGAUGACAAGGAGUUACUGUGCUGCUCGUGCCAGGCCGACCCCCGGCACCAGGGACACCGCGUGCAGACAGUGAAGGACACUGCCCAAGACUUUCGGGCCAAGUGUAGGAACAUGGAGCACUCACUGCGGGAGAAAGCCAAGGCCUCCUUGGUCAUACAGCACUCCUACCAGGCCAUUGCCAAGCACAAUCAGGAGAAGUCUGCCUGGCUGGAAAAGCGGAUCCGGCAGGAGUUUGAUAAGCUUCGAGAGUUCUUAAGAGUGGAGGAGCAGGCCAUCCUGGAUGCCGUCGCCGAGGAGACCAGGCAGAAGCAGCUUCUGGCGGAGGAGAAGAUGAAGCAGCUCAGGGAAAACACAAAGACCCUGAUGCACGAGACCGAGCGGCUGCAGAUGGAAAUGAAGGAAGACGAUGUUUCUUUUCUCAUGAAACACAAGAGCCGAAAACGCCGCCUCUUCUGCACCAUGGAGCCAGAACCCAUUCAGCCUGGCAUGCUCAUCGACAUCUGCAAGUACCUGGACUCCCUACAGUACCGCGUCUGGAGGAAGAUGGUCAUGUCUGUCGAAUCUGUGCCCUUCAGCUUUGAUCCCAACACCGCAGCGGGCUGGCUGUCCGUGUCCGAUGACCUCACCAGUGUCACCAACCACGGCUACCGAGUGCAGGUGGAGAACCCAGAGCGCUUCUCCUCGGCACCCUGCCUACUGGGCUCGCGCACCUUCUCCCAGGGCUCCCACGCCUGGGAGGUAGACCUGGGAACGCUGCCCAGUUGGCGGGUGGGCGUGGCACGCAUGCGCCAGGAUACUGGCACCGGGGGCCACUCCCACAGCUGCUACCAAGACACUCGCUCCGGCUUCUGGUAUUUGUGCCGCACGCAGGGGGUGGAGGGUGACCACUGCGUGACCUCAGACCCAACCACGUCACCACUGGUCCCCUCCAUCCCACGCCGCCUGCGUGUGGAGCUGGAAUGUGAGGAGGGCGAGCUGUCCUUCUACGAUGCUGAGCGCCACAACCACCUCUACACCUUCCAUGCCCGCUUUGGGGAGGUGCGGCCCUACUUCUACCUGGGGGGCACAAGGGGGGAUGGGCCCCCCAAACCUAUGCGCAUCUGCCCCCUGCGCAUCACCAUCAAGGAGGAGCUGGAUGGCUGAGGCCGCCGGGAGCCCGCCCGACACUGCCCAGGUGUAUGCCACGGCCCUGAUUUCUUUCUGUCCCUCUUCCUAACGCCCCUCCCUCGGGCACCUCUACCUCCUGCUUUCUUGCCAGGAUCUUGGUACUGACUCUGAUCCCUCUUCAUGGCUCUGUGCCCCGAGUCUCCCUCUUUGUUCUUGGUCUUUAUCCACAGCUGGCUGGCCAGGCUCUCCCCAGAGUCGUGGCAGGAUGUGAAUUUUCUGAACCCUGAUGUCCCUAUUUCUGGGGAUGAUGUUUGCCUCUAGAGUAGACCUGUUUUAAAAUUUUUUAAUAUAGGUUUUAUCAUUAUUCAGGUGUGGUGAGGCCAACAGACCAGCAGAAAACUGCUGUUAAAAAGAGUUUCUUACUUUGAGUUCCUAAGAGGGGCCCUGAGAUUUGGGGAUGGGGGUGGGGGGCACACACAGGGAAGGACCAGGUCCCCUGGGAGGCAGAGUGAAGGGAGAGCACAGGUGGGAGACCAGGUGGGAGACCGCUGUGGUCUUCACAGGAAGGAGCAGGUGAGGCAGGUACAGGUUGGACAGGUGUAGGACCAGAUAGUUCAGCUAGCCCUGGGAGGGGCAGCCCGUGACCAGUGAGCUCCACGUUUUAGUAUCAAGAAUAAGAAAACAGUGGAGCACAGUUAAUGCAGGGCCGUGGCUGUGGCUUUAGGGCAGGACCAGGCCUUAGCUUAUCUGUCACUUUUUACCAGUGUUUUUAAACUGCUUCACAGAGCUCCCCUAGGGCCCCUCACAGGUCAAGGUAAGGCUGCCCAUCAGAUCAACUCUGAUUUAUCUCCUGACACUUUUUGGAUAAUUUCCUCUGAACAGAGGGUUUCAGAGUGCUUAAAAAACACAAUUUUAGAACCAUAGUCUAGACCGGUUUCCUCUCUGGUCCUCAGUUUCUGCAUCUGUAAGUGACACAGCAGAACUGGAAGGCCAUGUGCUUCUGUAACUGCUCCGAAGGAAACCCCUCUGGUCAGUUACACAGGCAGGAGAAGGGAAGGGAAGCAGGUAUGGGCGGGGUGUGCGAGGAGUGAGAAGCGAGGGAGAUGCGUCUGCUGACCUCGGCCUGCGUAUGCUUGCUCUGCUGCCUUUGGCGUUUUUAUCCCAAGUUCUCCCUCUGCCACGCCUGCCAGACGUGGAUCCCCACCUUUUUUUUACCUCACACACACCUACAGGUAGUUUUUAGUGCUCGGAUCCCUGUGUCCUGGGGACAGCAUUGUAAAGGAAAUAUUUUUCUAUAGUAGCAACAUUCUCAUCGGGGGCAGCACGUUCCUGACCAAGGAUUCAUAUCCUUUCUCCUGCCUGUACCCCUGGUUCACAGAAACGGACAUUUUAAACAGAAAUGAUGAUUCAAAGCUAUAAAUAUGUUAUAAACAUGGUGCAUACUUUGGUAGGGGGCCCGGGAGGGACAUGGUAGGAAAUGCCAUGAGUAAAGGCAACCAGGUGGGAAGUGUGAGGACGUUGGUGAGCGGGCCCCUUGACAGGCACUCAGAACAGCUCAAGGCACUUUGAUACCAAACACACCCGAGGUCGGUGUGCACUCUCUCAAAUCAAGUAUUUAUCUAGCCCUUCUAAUGUAAUUCUUACAUAGUUAUCUUGACCAGAAGUUAUUUUGUUAGUUACAAUAAACUUCUUAAAGUGUUUUAUAUUUCCACCUUAGAUGUUGGAAGAGUUUUUUUUUUAACAGAAUAAUUUGGAUAGCCUAGACCCCUUUUUACAAAAAUAAAAAUGAUAUUUGGGAUAAAACCCACUUUUUUUGACAUUUCCCUUUUAGUGUUCUUGUAAGCAAAAGUUCAUGUAGCAUGUAUUCAACUCUAUUCCUUUUUAUUACUGGGUUUAUUACUCUGUUGUGUGCAUAGGCUACAUCGUAUCUACCCAUUCGGUUGGUGAGCAUGGGAUUGUUACCGCUUUUUUGGCCAUUAUGAAAAUGCUGCUCUGAACUCCUCUGUGGACAUAUGUUUUCCAUUCUCUUGGGCAUAUGCCUAGGAGUAGAUUGGCUGGAUCAUGUGGUGACUGUUCAACCUUUGGAGGGACUGCCGGUCUGUUUUCCAGUGUGGCUGCCCCGCUUUAUAUUCUUACCAGCCGUGUAUGAGGAUUUCAGCUGCGCCUGUAUCCUUGUUAACACUUGUUAUUGCAUGUCUUUCAACGUAGCCGUCCGGGUGGGGGAGAACUGUAACCUCAUUGUGGUUUCAAUUUGCAUUUCCCUGGUGCCUGAGGAUAUUCAGCAUCUGUUCAUGGGCCUGUUUGCCACUUGCAUGUCUUUUCAGAAGUGACUCCAAAUCCUUUACCCAUUUUAAUUAGGCUAUUUGUAUUUUUAAUUAUUGAGUUGUAAGAGUUCUUUAUACAUUCUAGAUAUAAGUCUCGUAUCAGAUACACAAUUUACAAAAAAUGUCUCUUAGUCUGUGUGUUGUCUUUUCGCUUUCUUCAAAGAUGCCCUUUGAAGCACAAAAGUUUUUAAUUUUGAUGAUGUCCAGUUUGUUUACUUUUUCUUCUGCUGUUUGUAUAACCCAGAACUCUCACAUGUGACACUGCCCUUAAACCCAUAUAUUCUAAGUUGUAGAAUUUGGCCCAGGCCAGGGACAGUUCUGUGGACAAGGAGCCCUAUGCUGAGGACCUGUUCUCCCUUGCCUUGAACCCUCUCCUUUCCUCAUGCACACGGCUUGUCCCUGGUUCACUCUCCUGCUCCUUUACUACAUUCAGGCUGAAGACAGCGGCCCUCCAGGCAGCCUGCCCCUCUCCAGCUUCUCCCACCUUCCGUUCAUGCCCUGUGCUGCUGCCAGAUGCAUCCGCCUCAGUCUCACCUGGCACCCUAGUGGCUCCCCACGCCGACCUGCGCAGGUACAGUUAGUCUUCAAGGGCAGCGUUCGGCGCUCAUCUUUCUCCAGCUCUGCCUCUGGACCUGGAGUUCCCUGACUUCUGUCCUGUACACACCCCUGCCAGCCCGGGCUCCUCAUGACCCUUCAGACCCAGCUGCCCGGUUUUCUUCAUACAGCUGGCUGUUUGAGUUGGAAUGUCCUGACAUCCAGUUAUAUUGGCCCCACCAUUUACAUGCUGUGUCUCUGGCACACGCUUGAGUUUCCUGAGUUCAUGCCCCUCAUCUGUGAAAACAGGGACAAUCUCCACCUUCUAAGGUCUGAUACAGUGUGACUGCGCAGUGCUGUCCCACAUGAGCGCACUUGACAAUGGCAGCCAUUGGAAGCAAGCGAAGAGAUCAUGUAGGUUUCUCACAUUGACCUCCCUGGCUCCUUGUCACUUCUUCAGCCAUGAAUUAUUUGGGGGACAGAAUUAAGUGUGCUGGGGCCACCUCCUUCUGUGCUGCCUCCUGCUUGUAGGAGAUGAAAUUUCAACAGAGUUUGUCUGUUGACCAGAAUAGUGGAAGUCUCAAGACCCAGGACCUUCCAUAUGGAAUGACCCACCCUGGAAUUUUCCUGGCUCCUUAGUGUGACAUUCAAGAGCCUUCUCUGCAGCUUCUACCCACCCUUGCCACCAUUCCCUGCAUGGAUUCUGCCCAGCCUUGCGGAGCCCCAGGCACCUGCAGGUCCUUGGGAGCCGCCUCUUGUGGCUUCUGCCUGUAGGCCCGUUGCCCUCCCUAACUUGCCUUCAGUGGCCUUGUGCGACCCGCCCAGGGCUCCCUUGGCUGCCACUGCACACUUGUUCAUUCUGCUGGAAGGACUCGAGGGUGGCAGAGCAGCCUUUGCUGUCCUCUCUGCAGGAAACUUGAGGGCAGGAAGCGUAUUGUCUUCACCUUCCUACCGCUAGGUCAGGUGCGCUGCUGGGGCCUAAUAGUUAGUGAAUAUGUGUGUUGGGGAGGGGGGGCGGUCGGGGAAGCUGACCCUGUCAAUCCCACAGGACUGGCAGCGUCAGGACCUGAAAUCCGGAUUCCUGUUCUCAAAUACCAACUGUAUUAUUUACGAGCGGCCUGUACUUUUUGAACCUCUGAGGUUCAAAACUGAGGAUUAUGAUUUCUACCUCAGGCUGUUGGAGGAUGAAAAUGAGGUGAUUUUUUGGUGCAGAUGCCAUGUACCUAAACAUAUUUUUUCUACGUGUUGGCUAAUUCUUCGGAAAGUGGGAGGUUCUGAAUGUCGAUGGUAUGAUUCACAUUAAUGAAGACUCCCAAAGGAAAUUGAGAAAUCUAAAUUAACUGUAUUGGAAGUACCCAAAUUUAAUGAGAUUUUUAACAAGGAUGUAUACAGGAAACUUAGGUUUAUGAAAAAUUUCAAUGACAUAGGAACAUGGUUAUGUUAUAAUAACCGAGAAAAAUAGGGUUCAGAGUUAUGUGUACAGACCUGCAAUACAUACAAAAAUACAAGCAAGAUCCUGUCUUUAAUUUUUGUGUAUUGUUUGAUUAGAUAAUCCAUUCACAUGGCAGUAAAUUCCAGAGGUACAGAAAGUACUAGAACAGUCUCUCCCACUUUUUCCCCACUCAGCUCCUCUCCUUGUGGGCAAUCAUAGUACCAUUAAAAAAACAAUCCUUCCAAUCCUGGCUGGUGUGGCUCAGUGGAUUGAGCACCAGCCUGCGAAACAAAUCACUGGUUUGAUUCCCAGUCAAGGCACAUGCCUGGGUUGCAGACCAGGUCCCCAGUAGGGGACACUCAAGAGGCAACCACAUAUUGAUGUUUUUCUCUCUAAAAAUAAAUAAGAUCUUUAAAAAAUUGCAGAGCUGGAAUGGGAGUAAAAGACAGAAAACUGUACUUGAACAAUAAUUAAAUUUAAAAAAUUCCAGAGGCCCUGACUGGUAUAGCUCAGUGCAUUGAGUGCAGGCCUGCAAACCAGAGGAUCGAGGUUCAAUUUCCAGUCAGGGCACGUGCCUGGGUUGCAGGCCAGUUCCCAGCAGGGGACACUCGAGAGACAACCACACAUUGACAUUUCUCUCCCUCUCUCCUUCCAUUCCCCUCUAAAGAUAAAUAAAUAAAAUCUUUUUAAAAAUUCCAGAGAUAUUCUGUGCACAGCAAUAUUCUGAUUAUGACUAUAUCUGGUUCUCCCAAUACACUGUAAUUUAAAAGCAGAUACUCUAGAUUUGUAUCUCUAAGCAACCCAACAAGAGGAGAAAAAUAAAGGAUAUUAUUAAAAUAAUUUCCUUCCCUCAAGGGGGCAGUUUGUCAUGGGUGUUUUCAUGCAAUCAGUUCAACUAGUGGAUUUAGUUUUUUGUCCUUGUCUAAAUACUUCACCCUAAGGCUUUAAAACAGGGAAAAAUUAAGUGAAAUUUAGUUGCCAUGGACAUUAGAAGGUAAACCUCAAACCUGAGACCUCAAGGUACAUUUUAAAAAUCUCAGUCCUCACAAAGGUAUCUAGUGAUUAAGAGGUUGGAAUGUGGGAUUGGAGAGGCUGGGUUCAAACUCCGACUCAUCUGUGUGAUUUUGGGAGAUUUACUUAACCUCUCAGUGCCUCAGUUCCAUCCUGUGAAAGAUGGAGAGAGUAUGAUGGUUUAAGAUUAAUGGAGAUAACCAACCUCAUAAGGUGGUUAUGAGAUUAAAUGAGCAAAUGUGUGAAACACUUAGAAGAGGGUCUGGCACAUGCUUGCAGUUGAGAGUCUGUUGUGUUGCCUGGUCCUGCUAUCAAAUAGCUGUGAGACUAGAUAAGCUUCUGUAAGCAGGGAAACUAGGACACUUGCAUAUUUUUUCAAGGUCUUUUUCAAUUCUAAUGUCCUGUGAUCCACAAUUUGUGUCACUAGCAAAAGCCUAAUUUCUUGCAUGUAGCGGGGACUGCCACUGACCAGCAAUCAAGAACCUGGGUGUGGUUCCGGGAGCUUGACCUUGGGGUUUGAAUCUGGAGACAAGACCAAAGAGUCAUAAUACCUGAAGUAUAGAAAAGGAUAUUCUAGGGAGGAGCAGGUCUUGAAAAGUUGUUCCUAAAAUUACUAAUCAGUCAUGCACAAUAAAAUUAUACUGUCCUGUUCCAGUGAUGGGUCACUUAUGUCCUUGUAUGUGCCAGACUAAAGAUGAUGUCAAACACUGACUCACAUCCACCAUGAAUAAGAUCUCAGCCACAGCAGAGCUAUUUGGAUUAGGCAAAAGAUAAUUGUUCAUGGAGGGGGUUGAAGCAUCUCCCUUCAAGGUUUCAAAAAAAAAUGCAGCUUCUUACACUGGACUGUGCCACCCAUUCCUUUCCCCAGCAACAACUUGGAGGGCCAGGCUGGUGAGAGCCAGUGACCCCCAGGCAGAAGGAAGCCCCCCCUGUUCUGGAUGCUUUGUCCUUGUUGGUGGGUGUCACUUGGGUGGGUUUCUUUUGCUAGGGAACAGCCUGAGGAAGAUGGGAGAUUUUGGUUUCUAUGGAUACUGGGCUGGCUGGGAUUUGCAUAAUGUAUUUCAGAGAACAGACAGUCUGGGAACAAUGUGGACCCAGGAGGAACAUAAAGGCACAUGGAAACGAGUUGGAGGGUCUGGGUAGUCAGUCAUAAAUCAAAAUUCCUAGCUGUUUGGUGUUGAAAUUAGACAAAGUUAUUUUAGUUUCAUUUGGAAUAACAAGGAGGGUUAAACCAAAUAUUUUGGGGGAGAAAUCACACCCCUCAGAUUUCAUCUUGAGGAACUAUUCAGAUAGUGGGACAAUUUAUGUAUAAUUUAUGCUCAUCACAGAAUUAUUUAGAAUAAGGAAUAGCCGGAAAUAAUCUAAAUAUACAAGAGAAGGGUAACAGUAAAGUAUUCCAUAUGCUGAAAUACUACAAAGCCACUAAAUAAAUAAAAGAAUAUUUAAAGAUGAGGAAAUACUUGACAAAAGCCAAAUUAAGUAGCAAAGAAUAAUCAGAGCAAUUUCAAUUUUGUAAAUCUACUGUAUUUUAGAAACAAAUACCCAAUAUUGUUCACCAUGUUUGGAUGAGGUGUUUAUACACAUGACUUUUUUUCCCUCCUCCUCCCCAGCUCCUCCGGUUUUCUAAAGAGAGAAAGCAUUACACUUAAAAAGGUAACAUUAAGAAAAUGAGAGUGUUAAAUGUGGCUAUUAAGUGGUUACUGGUGGCCUUGAAGAAGGGUUUUAUUUUCUGAACUGUGAGGUUAGGAGGGGAAGCCUUAAGAGAGACAAGGGAGAGAGGUAACUGCUGGGCUGGGUCCCCAGAGACAGGAUGGGUGACUGCAAGGGGACAAACGGAAACAUUUGCAUUGACUCAUUGUGAAUCCUUGCGUGUUUUCAGCCGGACGCUAGCGGCAGGGGUACUCAGAAAAAAAAGUGGGGAAGUUCUGGGACAGAGGGGCUGAGAGAAAAGGGGAGCCAGAGCGCACAAAGGCCAGAACUCGUUUGAAGACGAUCCCAGGGUGGCGCGUGCCUGGAGAACGGGCUGAGCAGAAGAAGUCCAGGUCCGCAGGGCGUGGCCACAAUGUUCUGCAGGCCACAUCUAGGGUGGCCGUGUCUGGGGAGCUGGUCCAGAUGCAUGGAAGCAUCCGGGUCUUAAGGAAACUUCCUAAGCAGGUACGCUACUAUUGGCUACUGCUACUGACAUGAUGUCACCAUCAUCCAAUCUGAAGUCAAUUGCUCUUCCCCGGUUAGGAGUUCAUUAACUCUUCUAAACCGUAGGAGCUAGCAAAAAUAGUGCCCCUCAUCUGUUUUUGACUCUACUUUUCCAGGGUAGGGAAGUGAGGAGGUGGCAAUGGAAAUAAACCAAAAA